CAAAUGUUGUAUUUACACUGGCGCGUGCUGAGGAUGAGAUAGUGAUUUGCGUUUUACACUUUCUUAUAUAUGUUUAUUCAAAAAUAACUUCUUGUUUUGUUUACAUUCUUAAAGGAAAAAGAAAUUCAGUGGAUUUGACCGACUUCUAGGAAAGCUAGGCCUUUUUAAAGCACCGGACAACCCCUCUUCAGAGAGCGAAAGAGAGAUAGCCGCCAUUUACAAUAUCGAUAUCAGGAUUUUCUUUUUGUUUUAUAGAUUUGAUAAGAUUGAAAAACAGAUCAAAACAAAAAUAAUUUAAAGUUAAUAAAAUAAAAAAAGAGGAUAUGCUCUCCAUGGAGUUCUCAGUAUUCGAUGCCGAAGCAAGAUACGGCUACGAAGACUUUUCAAGUUGCGCUUAUGACCAAAGAUAUCAGCCGCCCUACGUUCCUCAGGCGUCAAACGAUCUUGGUGGGAGAAACCUAUGGCACGACAUGGAUUCGGUUUCGAUUAAAAUGGAAAUGCCAGAGACAGGACCCCAAUACGAUUACACAGCACAUAAUGGUCAUAUAAUGCAAUUACAAAAUUCAAAUAAUUACCCUAUGGCUCCUCAACAAACCAUGAACAUAGACACAAUGAUGCCAGAUUAUUCCAGUUCAUCUCCUCCGGCAAACACAUCCCCAACGUCUACAACAACUACUUCCGGCUCAAAGAAAAAAACGAAAGAAGAUAAAAUAUGCGGUGUCUGCGGGGAUCGAGCACUUGGCUAUAACUUUGACGCGAUAUCGUGCGAGAGUUGUAAAGCGUUUUUCAGAAGAAAUGCUCCCAAGGGGCUGGAAUACUUUAAAUGCCCAUAUGACGAAAAAUGUAAGAUGGAUAUUAGUAACAGAAGAUUUUGUAAAAGAUGCCGCUUAAAGAAAUGCUUUGAUAUUGGUAUGAGAAAAGAAUACAUUCUGACGGAAGAAGAAAAGGCAGCUAAAAGAAGAAAAAUAGAAGAGAACAGAAUGAUGCGGGAUAUAGAGCGACAGGGAAUGACUAGAGGACAAGUACCGGAUUUUGUUUAUAGCGGACAUUCCACACCCGCUAGCCAUACAAGUCAAGUCCCAACUCCACCUAUGAGUAUGACCCACUCCCCAAACGGCCCAAUGAUUGCACCUCCGCCUACCCAACAUCAACCUCAACAAAUUAUGGGCGGAAUGUCUUCACCCAUGUAUAAUUCAACUAGUCCGGAUAGCAGUGCAAUGUCACCAACUUUUCGGGCUCUAUCUCCAGAGGAACACGAACUUAUAGCAGAACUUGAAAGCGCUUAUAACGCUAGUGUUUAUGUCAAGCGUCAAGAGGCCGAACCAUCAAGAGAAUCAGUUCAGGAUAUGUCGGAUCUGGUUAAUAUAGCUGAAAUCUCGAUUAGAAGGGUGAUAGAAAUGGUAAAAAAGAUUUACGCGUUUAAAAAACUCUCGCAGGUUGACCAAAUCGCCUUAUUAAAAGGCGGAUGCAUCGAAUUAUUAAUCCUCCGAGGUGCUCAAAGUUUUGACGCUGAUAAACAACGUUUUCUAGAAGGUCAAGACUCGGAGGAAGCAUCAGCUAUGAAUCUGGAUCAAUUAAGGCGAGCCGAGGGUUCUGACCUAUUUAAUGAACACAUGAUGUUUGUUAAGGAUCUUAGUGUCGACUUGAAAGCCGAUAGGACGACUUUAAGCAUUCUGCUUGUCAUCAAUCUUUUCUCACCGGAUAGACCAGGACUAAAAGAUAAAAUCGAAGUAUCACUCCAACAAGAGAGGUAUUCAACUCUCUUACGCAAUUACCUAACAGAACAUUACGGCCAGGCGAAUGCGCGUUUUAUGUUUCCCAAACUGUUACUCAAACUUACCGACAUAAGAAAUUUGAACGAAGAGCAUUCGCAGAUUUUGUUGAGAGUAAAGCCAGAUGGUAUUCAACCAUUGAUGCAAGAGGUUCUUAAUCUAAAGUCUAAUUAA